AUGCUCGACGUUGAUGCUCGUCGUGUGGGUCCGUUUAUAAGACGGGCGUUGAAGAGUUUAGGUUACAACGGUGAUCUCACCAUCACUGCCAUUGGCAUACUAUCACAAGUCCCUAUUGACGUCCUUCGAGCCCUCUCUUCCACUGGGAUCAGCCUUCAUCACGUCCCCACCAUGUAUAACAAAUCUAUUAUGACUAGUGUGUACAUGUGGAAGUCGGAUAAUCCGCCUCCGGCUAAUGUCAUGCUCAUAUCCCUUCAGAGGAUCUUCGGUCAGUUUAUUGCCGAUCUAUCGGAGAAAUACUACGUUCUUGGCUCAAAAGUUCCAUAUGAUCGUCAACUAGAGCCCACUGUCUUCGCUAGGCGUGCAGGGUGCUUCCUCUGGGAAAGCUUACUCGCAAGCUUACGUGCAGGCUUUGAAAGUUUCACCAAGCAUAUCCUCAGUAAAGAACAUGCACUUGAUGAGUUGGAUUAUUACCCUGGGGGAGUUGAGGCUGGCAAUGAAUCUCGUGCUCGCAAGGAGGAUGCUGCUGCCAUACUAGCAAGGCUACAAGGUUUAGAGAGGCCAGAAGACUUGAAGAAGAAGAAGAAGAAGCCAAGUACAAGAAACAAAGACUUGAAGAUCCUUAUUAUGAUGAAGAAUAUGACUAUGAAGCAGAAGCAGAGUAGCGUGUGGGCCAUGGAAGAGCUCAGGGCUAAGCGUGAUGAUUGUCGACAAGGGUCACACGAGAGGAGAAAGAAGGUCGGCAAAAGCUUGCUACAACCGAGUUUAAUAUCGAGUUAUCGUUACGGGGAAAAGGUUUCCUCGACGUUGCAGGAGGUUGAGGAACUUCUGAGUAAACAAUUUGGAGACGUUUGUGGGCAAAUUCAAAUAUCCAAGGUGGAGGAAAAACAAGUUCAACAGAUAAUUGUUGGUCAAAAAACAAUGGUCGAUGAUGCAUGGAAACAUCUCAUGAAAGAUGGAGUUGGUACUAUGGGAUGUAUGGUAUGGGCGGAGUUGGGAAAACAACACUUCUCAAGCAAAUCAACAAUAAGUUCAUUGAAGAAAGGUGUGGAUUCGAUUUUGUGA